GUUGUGGAAUGUUGGCCUUGACACUUUCACAUUUAAAGUCGAUGAAGAUCAAAAGCCCUUCACUCGUAGAGGCGUCCUCUCUAUGGUCAAUAGCCUCUAUGACCCUCUCGGGUUCCUCGCCCCCAUCACAAUCCAAGGCAGGCAAAUACUCAGAGAGCUAACUAGUUUGACGGACAACUGGGACGCACCUCUUCCCGACGAUACAAAGGCAGAGUGGUGCAAGUGGAAGGACUCUCUCCAAAAACUACAAAGUCUGCAAAUACAGCAUCCUUACACCUCGCUCUCCACCACUAAUGCCCAAAAAAGAGAACUCUUCAUAUUUGCUGAUGCGUCUGUAAAAGCCAUUGCAGCCGUUGCAUAUAUCAAAGUCUCAACGUCAGAAAGCACAGAAAUUGGGUUUGUGUUUGGAAAGACCAAGUUAGCUCCUCAAUCAGGCCUCACGAUUCCAAGACUCGAGCUAUGUGCCGCAGUGCUCGCAGUUGAAGUUGCAGAGUUGAUAGUAGCAGAAAUGGACAUUUCAUUUGACAACAUUGAGUACUAUACGGACAGCAAAGUUGUGCUAGGGUACAUAUACAACCAGACCCGAAGAUUCUAUGUGUACGUGCAUAACCGAGUCCAACGCAUACUCCAGUCGACACGCCCCCACCAAUGGAAGUACGUUCCAUCUGGACUCGAGCUAUGUGCCGCAGUGCUCGCAGUUGAAGUUGCAGAGUUGAUAGUAGCAGAAAUGGACAUUUCAUUUGACAACAUUGAGUACUAUACGGACAGCAAAGUUGUGCUAGGGUACAUAUACAACCAGACCCGAAGAUUCUAUGUGUACGUGCAUAACCGAGUCCAACGCAUACUCCAGUCGACACGCCCCCACCAAUGGAAGUACGUUCCAUCUGGGCUCAACCCAGCAGACCACGGGUCUCGUUCUGUGACAGCAGCCCAACUGAGCAACACAACAUGGUUGGAAGGACCGGCCUUCCUCCUCAAGCCUUCACUACAGGUACCUCCUUUUGAAAAUUACAACCUUGUUGAUCCUGCUGCUGACAUAGAAGUACGCCCCUUUGUGACAACAAACCUGACUCGCGUCACAAAACCAGCAAUCGCUCCAACAUGUUUUGAAAGGUUCUCAAACUACAGCGCUCUCCUCAGAGCAAUAGCCCAGUUGAUUCAUGUCAUUCGCUCAUUCAAUCACUCCAACCAAACAUCCAGCUGUCACGGCUGGCACCUUUGUCGACCUACAGAAGAAGAAAUGGCAAAGGCAAAGAUUUGUGUCAUAAAGAGUGUUCAAAGUGAGUACUACAAAGAAGAGCUAAAAUGCAUAUCAGAAGAGACAAAG